AUGGCAAGGCUCUGGGCUCGCCCUCUUACCACCACCUACCCGCACCUUUACGCGUUGUUACCACCUAUUCGACCACAUCCAAGCUAUCAUAGACGACCAAUUGGCCCAACGACGAAUUCACCUUCGAGUUUAAUUUUCGUGGAUACGGUUUUUUGCUUGAUGCUAGCUGACCCUUUGCUUCUCAGAAACGCCGUUCAGAGGUCGAGACUGGCGAGCAAUUUAUGCGCCAUGAGCGUCAUGCUCAUUGAGCAUAUCCCAUUGGCAUUAUCGAAGUCAACGCUGUUAUCAUCUCUGAAGUUACGCUCGAUUCUUGAAGGACAAAGAGAGAUCACGGUCGGAGAAGAAGUAGCAGAGAGCCUUGGUAUCUUCGCCACGUUCGUCACUGUUGCAUCCUCACCCAGAACGGUUCCGAUGUGCAGACCACCUCGGUUCUUUGGUAUGAGCGCCGUCGCGCCUCUUCGAAGCUUCUAUGACCUCCGAGUAGUGACCCUUGUCGCUGAAGACGAAAUUUUGCCUACAGUAGUCGGACCAACAGCAUGUCUCGCUUCCACUGCCAAAAACCCGUCAAGAUUUAAAGCCCAGUACACUCAACACUUCCCCAAUUUCUCUGUCCCCUUCACAGGCCAUGGUGAUUUCUACCGCGGGCACAAAAUCUUAAACCUUAUUCGCGAUGGUACCGACACUUGUCUUACCUCUUGGGAGGUUUUAUGGCCGGACUCCUGGGAAUGCCUCCAGACAUUUUUGACGCAUUGGCACGAGCCAAGGCUUGUUAAUAUGGUGCUGCAGAUAGCACGCGUAAGGAUGAGCAGAGUCUUCAUAGCGGAAGCAAAGGCGACGGCGAUUGAUCGGGAAAGUACCCCCGCGGAGCCUGAACGUGUUGGAAGAACUGGCCUUGACUAUGAUCCGCCAUCCCUUGGCUUGCCACUACGUCUUGCCAUAGUCUUUGCGAAAGAGAAUUUCCAAAUGGCCUCACCAGCGAAAGUCCAAAAGGAGCCGCUUCAUUGGUUUAGCCUCAGCGAUGAAAUUUCAAAAUCAGACCAGGCAAAGAUAGUCAAGGAUGCGCAUUGCCGAUAUCAGAGUCUUACCGAGGUUACCAUUUCCGUUAUUGACGAGAUCGACACAACAGAGUUGCCCUCCAACCUCGGGGUUGAUGGGCUCCUAGAGAGGCUCAAUACCGCACUCGGCACCUCCUAUACCCUGGACUCCCCAUCUCUGUCCUCCCGUUUCUCCAAAAAGUUCUGCUCUGCCCUUCGAAUCCCUCACACAUCAUCUUUGUACUUGAUUCUGAGAUCCUGCACUACUAGCAACUACGACUUUGGCAUCGCAUACGCCCGUCUCCGAUGUAGAUGGUACGGCGACACAACCCACAUCAAUAAGCGCAUCACUAGCUCCUCCGUACCUCCUCGAUACCUUUGGGACCUGUAUAUCAAUCGGGUCGUUCCGUGGUGGAUUGCGUACGAAUGGCACUGGGGCGUAUCACAUGCUUGGAUGGAUGAGAAGGACCGCGUCAGUGUAUGGUCCCCCACCAAUGGACGGGCAUGGCCCGUGCCCAUCCCUAAAGACGCAGAUUUCAACCUCAUUCGCAUCGAGCUGCUCAAUCUUGGAGCAGAGCAGGCCGGCGGGCCGAGCGAGGAUCUGCGUGCGAAAGAGUGGGAGCUGGACUUUCCUACCAUUGGGAGUGUGUACCUGAUGUCCAGACAGGUGGUGUGCUACUUUAGCGGACUGGGGAGGCCGUUGAGUUUAAACAUUGACCUAGAGGACAUGAAGGAGGACUAUAUUAUUGGUGGGAAAACAAGCGGUGAAAGAAGUGCGGAGGAAUAUAAGCAGAUAAUGCUCCAGCAGCUGUCGGUGCUCAGGACCAUCACCGGUACAGGCAACAAAAGUGUGCUCGACGUCCUGUCGUAUAUGCAGAAACUUGCCUCGACGAAUCCCGUGGAUAGGAUCGCGGGGAUGACGUAUCUCGUAUCUACGAAUAAGAUACUGGCGUACUACGAGAAACGGACUGAGGAGGACGCGUGGACGGGGUUGGUAGAUGAACUACAUGCGCAGCUCCGGGCGGAUAUGUUCUUCCUUUAUCCUAAGCCUGGGGAUGGAAAUGCACGGUGGAGGCUGUCUUGGAACCAGGCCAUGGAUGAGGCGCUCCUGCCUAAUGAGGACGAGCUCCGCGAUCGGGCUCCGUGGGAUAACACAUACACGGGCCCGUGUAUUGAGGAGGGUGAGGUACGGGGAUUGGGAGGAGAAGGAGAGCUGGUCGUCGAAGGGGUCUCGCGGCCGUCCAAGAUCGUUGCCGACCAUGCGUACCCGAUACCCUGGGGAUCGUACACGCUGAUGGGCGGUGAAACUCCUAGUAUGAUGUUUUGGGUGGUGGGGCGAUAUAGGAAAGGGAUGUUUGAGAAGGUGUCAGUGGUCCGGGUGCUUGAUAAUGAGGAACGGGAGGCACUGGAGAGAUCGGGGGUCGUGAAGGAGAAGAUUGAAUCUCUGAAACUCGAUGAUCUCAUUCUUCUGUACAAAGACUCCGAUGCUGGGGGAAACUGUGGCUUACGCUGCGAACUCCAAUCAACGCAGAGCCCUAACUCACUGGCGUCCUUGUGCUACGUCUCAUAUGGACAUUUCUGCCACGGAUUCUCUUCGGUAAUAACGCCGAAUACUUAUAUCGACGGGUUACAAACGUAUCGUUCCAGGAAUUCUGGGAUAAUCACUGGAGGGGAUGUGCUCAUCCCUAUGAAUCUGCCGCCCAUGGUUAUGAUGAUGAUAUCCAUGGGCGCAGAGAAGUGA